UUAGACGAUUCGGCUACUCUGGACGAAGCCUCUGCGAAUCAUCCUGUGGAUGCACAAGAUGAUCCAGAUGAAGACCAUGUUUUUGAGGAUCUAGGAGAAUGGUUUCGCAAAAACCAAGAACAGUUCAGCGUUCCCUUCAUUCCUUCUGGCCCCUUAACCCUGGGGGAUGCCUUCAUGAUGGUCAUGGACUAUGCGUUGACAAUAGGCCUGUCAUACUCGGAUUCAGAGCAGUUGCUUAAGCUAGUCAACAAACUUGUGCAAGCUAAGGCUUUUCCCGAAAGCAAGUAUUUGUUUCAGAAGUUUUGUGGAAUAAGUAUGUCAGAAAUUACAUUUCACUUCUACUGCCCUCACUGCUUGACGAUCGUUGCGAAAUGUUCUGGAGAACUUUCCAAAAGGAAGAAUGUAAAUGUCAAGUGCUCCACCUGCGAGCAGCAUUACAGAGGACCACAACUCGUCAAAGAUGGCUGUUUUUUCGUAAGCAUGCCAGUAGAGAAGCAGCUAGCAUCACUUCUUGCCAGCAAGAAAAUCAGUUCAGCUUUCCAUACAAACCUGAACAAAAUUGCAUCAGAACCUCCGAACGUGUCCAUGAAUGACAUAACUGAUGGGGCACUGUAUCGCAAGAAAAGACAAGAUUUGGGUAUGGCAGACAUGGACUUCACAGUGACUGUCAACUCGGAUGGCAGCCCCAUGUUUAAAUCCUCCAAAUAUUCCAUUUGGCCCGUUCAACUUAGUAUCAACGAGCUGCCACCACUGCUCCGUUUUAACAAUGUGCUGAUGCCAGUACUUUGGUAUGGCGUAACCAAGCCCAACAUGACCAUGCUGCUCCAAGCUUUUGCCGAUGGACUGCAAACUCUGAACAAUGGCGGAAUUAACUGGAAGACUGAGGAUGAAGUAGUUCAUUCAAAGGUGUUCUGCAUUUGCUGUUGUGCUGACGCUCCUGCGAGGGCUGCUCUGCAGGAGUCGACCCAGUACAACGGAUACUUUGGAUGCAACUGGUGUUACCACCCUGGAGUCUGCGUUGGAGGGACUGUAAAGUACCCGGUGGAUGGCGGGCCAUCACAGGAAAGAACACACGAGGGCAUGAUCAAAGACAUGGCGGCUGCCUCUGAGCUAGGAACUCGCAUACAGGGAGCAAGGGGGUUGUCUCCCUUAGUCAACGUCAAAGGAUUUGACAUUGUAUGGUCGUUUAGUCCCGUCUUUAUGCAUUGUGUACUGCUUGGGGUUGCAAAGCAGCUGACCGAGCUAUGGCUCGCAACUCCUGGAGAGUCGUACUACAUUGGCGAACCAGGAACCAUAGCUCUAGUUGACGGCCGACUCUGCAGCAUUAGACCGCCACAAAUCUUCACCAGACUUCCAAGGUCAUUAACACUUAAAAAUAUUGGAAAGCUGCAGAGUGGCAACACUGGCUGUUGUAUUUCAGUGUGCCUUGCUUACAAGGAAUCCUGCCUGAGUGUCUCUUGGAGCACGUGUGCCUACUCGUGA